CAUAGAUGCUGUGCUGGUCUCCAUACGUUCAGCGGGUGCUCAGGUAAGAGCUCGGUCCCUGGACGGAGGGCUGCAGCCCAGACCUUUCUUCUAGAAGCAUUUCCUGGUCAGUGCGGCUUCUGCCAGAGGCGAGAAACAGAGCGUGCCAAGAAGAUUGAGGAGCUGAGCAGUGGAGAUUGAAGCCACCAGCUCACCUGGGCAUCAGCUGAUGCCUAAACCCCGCAUGUCGUGGCCUUACCAACGUCAUAGGCAGGCUUCUUCCCCACCUCAUCCCCACAAAGAAAUGAAUUUCUUCCCGCAGCAGCCUUUGCCCCUGGGCGCAGGCCCAGGGCAGAUGACCUUCCCUCUAAACUGGCAGAUGGGUGGGAAGGACCUCACCAAGGGCCUGAAUAUGCUGACCUUGAGCCCUCAGCAGCCAGGGGGAAAGAGUGGCCAGCAGACGUCAAAGGGGCCCGAGAACAACCUGUACAGCCCGUUCGAGGAGAAGGUGCGGCCCUGCAUCGACCUCAUCGACUCGCUGCGGGCCCUGGGCGUGGAGCAGGACCUGGCCCUGCCCACCAUCGCCGUCAUCGGGGACCAGAGUUCGGGCAAGAGCUCCGUGCUGGAGGCCCUGUCGGGGGUCCCUCUCCCCAGAGGCAGCGGAAUCAUCACCAGGUGUCCGCUAGCCCUGAGGCUGAAAAAGAAGGAGUGCCCGUGGCAGGGGAGGAUCAGCUACCGCAAAGUGGAGCUCCAGCUGCAAGACCCCUCCCAGGUGGAGCGGGAAAUACGCAAAGCCCAGGAUGCCAUCGCUGGGAGCGGAGUUGGCAUCAGCCACGAGCUCAUCAGUCUGGAGGUCACCUCCCCGGAGGUUCCAGACCUGACCCUCAUCGAUCUUCCCGGCAUCACCAGGGUGGCCGUGGGCAACCAGCCCCAGGACAUCGGACUGCAGAUCAAGGCGCUCAUCAGGAAGUACAUCCAGGAGCAGCAGACCAUCAACUUGGUGGUGGUCCCCUGCAACGUGGACAUCGCCACCACGGAGGCGCUGCGCAUGGCCCAGGAGGUGGACCCCGAAGGAGACAGGACCAUCGGGAUCCUGACCAAACCAGAUCUGGUGGACACGGGCGCCGAGAAAGUUGUCCUGAAUGUGAUGCAGAACCUCACAUACCAUCUCAAGAAGGGCUACAUGAUAGUGAAGUGCCGUGGCCAGCAGGAGAUCUUGAACAAGCUGAGCCUGGCCGAGGCAACCAAGAGGGAAAUCGCAUUCUUUCACUCGCAUCCGCACUUCAGAAUCCUGCUGGAGGAAGGAAAGGCCACAGUGCCUCGUCUGGCAGAACGACUCACCGUCGAGCUCAUCGGGCAUAUCAGUGUGAGUUGGUGGGUUGAGGUACAAGGGAUGUAAAAAUGACUGUCCAAGUCACUUUCUUUUUUUUCUUCGUCUUCUUUUUACUGCCAUAUCUGCAGAAUGUGGAAGCUCCCAGCCUAGGGUUCAAGUCAGAGCUGUAGCUGCUGGUCUAUACCACAGCCACAGCAACAUGGGAUCUGAGCCACAUCUUUGACCUACACCGCUGCUUGUGGCCACACCAGAUCCUUAACCCACUGAGUGAGGCCGGGAAUCGAAUCCACAUCCUCAUGGACCCUAUGUCUGGUUCUUAACCUGCUGAGCCACUAUGGGAAUUCCCCAAGUCACUUUCUUGGUCAUGGGUUGUCUAAGAUUCCCCACUGAACUGUCCAAAGCAACAGAGAAACAAGCACAUUCUGGAAACCUCAUCAGUGCUGGUCAGAGGCUCACGAGAGAGCUUCUGAACUGGGGGAGCAACAACUGCAUAAUGCUGAAACAGAGCUGAAUCUGUCACUUUGAAGGAUGCAAAAAGGAAAAGAAGAAAACUCUGGUGCCUGGUUCGCAGUGUGAAAAGGAAUGAACACUGAGUUGGCAAAAUUUGUACUAGGUUAAAAAUGCACAGUGUAGGGGUUCUCCUGUGGCACAGCGGGUCAAGGAUCAGGCAUUGUCCUUGCAGCGGCUCAGGUCACAGCUGUGACAUGGGUUCCAUUCCUGGCCCAGGAACUCGACAUGCU